CUUCAGUCUUAUGUCUUAUGUGUUUCAUGCUUAUGGGCUUGGCUUGGUGCUUGGUCGCUUGGCUUGGGCUCUGUCAUUUAACGAACAUCUGCGUAAAUUGACGUCUAAUUCGUUGACGACUUGACCUCUUUUAAUUUGUUGAUAUUUGCAUUGGAAUACGUUUCAUUUCUAGAUUUUCAGUGAUUACGUUACAAGUGAGGACAUAGUUCCUAAAAUAGUUUCAGAUUCCAUAUUUGUAUAUCUAUAAGUACAUCGAUCAAAGUCAACCGCCUACGUCCAAAUGAGCGCCCAACCAAGCCCUGGAAACCAAACUCUGGAAAGGGAAAAAGUUUAUAUGUGGAUAUUCGAGCUGACAAAUCCAGAAACUCGUGAAAAUGCCUUGCUGGAACUCAGUAAAAAACGAGAGGUAGUCCCUGAUCUCGCCCCCAUGCUGUGGCACAGCUUUGGUACGAUUGCCGCCCUGCUUCAAGAGAUCGUCAACAUCUAUGCUGCUAUCAACCCUCCAACCUUAACUGCUCACCAGUCCAACAGGGUUUGUAAUGCCCUAGCUCUAUUGCAAUGUGUGGCCUCCCACCCUGAAACUCGAUCACAAUUUCUAUUGGCUCAUGUCCCUUUAUUCCUUUAUCCCUUCCUGCAUACCUCAUCGAAGACCAGGCCCUUUGAGUACCUGCGAUUGACCAGCCUUGGUGUAAUCGGGGCUUUAGUGAAGACUGACGAACAGGAGGUGAUCACUUUCCUUCUGACAACUGAGAUUAUCCCACUAUGUUUGAGGAUUAUGGAAUCUGGAUCUGAGCUAAGCAAGACUGUGGCAACAUUCAUCUUACAAAAGAUUCUCCUUGAUGAUAGUGGAUUGUCAUAUAUUUGCCAGACAUAUGAUAGAUUCAGCCAUGUAGCAAUGAUUCUUGGAAAAAUGGUGAUCUCACUGGCGAAAGAACCAUCUGCUCGACUUCUUAAACAUGUGGUCCGUUGUUACUUACGCCUCUCUGAUAAUGCUAGGGCUAGAGAAGCGCUGCGUCAAUGCCUGCCUGAUCAACUGAGAGACAAUACAUUCAAUGUCUGCUUACAGGAGGACAAAUCUACAAAGCACUGGCUGGCGCAGUUAUUGACGAAUCUGGAAACCACUGCACCUGCAGAUCCUAGAAAUGUGGGAAUGUCCCCAUUGAAUGCACAGUAAAAUAGUUCAUGAUGGCUGACAAAAAGAAGUUGCUGAAGUUAACAAAAUUUCAGUAUGAAUUAAAUUUUGGUUCUACAAAAAAGGAUAAGGGAUGUGAAACCUUUUUUUCUAUGCCAUGUAGAUGCCUGAUUUAUGCAUGCCAUAUUUUAUAAUAAUUUGUGUUAUUUUCCAGUAAUUGUGAUUUAACUUUAUUGCCAGCAUGGGGCUAUUGGUAAAUUAAACAAAAAUUUAAGUAAUUAAAUAACAAUACCUCUAUUUUUUCCCAAAGCACUACAGAUGUUCCUUUCUCUAUUAAUGUGUUUCACAGUUUAUCAGUGUUGUGUUUCAUAUGUCAUAGAAAAAAAUUAGAUUCACAUAAAAGUGAUUAUAUUGUAACCGUUCUGCUAGGAAACAAUAUUGUUUCACGAUUUUCCGAUCGAAAAUGACAAAUAAUCAGAUGAUAUUUUCACUAGUGAAAUUAUUUAACUGAUGACUUUUUAUAUUGUGAUUUAUGUAUCUGUAUAAUUCAAUAUUGAAUGUGUCUGUCUGACGAAGUAUUAAUGAAAUGCGCCUUGUUAAAUUGUUUCAAAUAAUUGUAGUAUAAUAAAUAAACUAGGAGAUGAUUAGGUACUGCUAAUGUAUAUAAUUAUCAAAUAGAAAAAUAAAUUUUAUAUAUGAGAAUCA